GUUCCGGCUCAUUUUGCUGUAUCCCUGUACACGGCAACUCGCCCUGCUCAUUCUCUUCUGAUAUACAGAUCAUCUAAGUCUAGAGGAUUUCCAGAAGUCCAUCACAACCAAAUGGCUGCCGAUUCUAGUCCUCCCUCGUAUGCGUCGAUAGACAAUGGGACUCAUUCUCAUUCGUACGAUAUAACAUAUCAAUCCCCUCGCUUAGAGCAGACAGCUCCAUCCACGACUAUGUCUCUACACGAGCAGCAUGAAAACGACUCAGCGCAUGGCAAACGGCACUUCUUCUUUCACGGUUGGGUCACGGAAAUAACCGCCUCAUUAUUUUCUGCAGCAUGUCUUGUUACAAUCAGUAUUUUACUGGUUAUCUAUCACGGACGCCCUGUUACCAGCUUUCCAGACGGCAUCACUUUGAACACAGUGGUCGCUGUUCUUACAGCGGCUUAUAAAACCGCGCUGCUAUAUACCGUAUCUUCCGCAAUUGAGCAGACCAAAUGGAACAUAUUCGCAGCUCGAGGUCGAUGUCUUCGGGAAUUUGAACGCAUAGAUGAGGCUGGAAAAAGCCUUCACGGAGCCCUGAGCGCGCUGAUCAACAUCCCAUGGUCUAUCGCCUCGCUAGGUGCAGCCAUAAUCAUCCUAGGAUUUCUCAUAGACCCCUUUGCGCAGCAACUUAUAAACUCGGUCCCUUCUCAAGUCGCAAUCAAAUCCGAUUCUGUAUGGACCGAGGUUUUUACCAAUUUUGACAUAACUCCAAGCAUAGACGAAUAUUUAUCCGAAAUCGUUGAAUACUUAGACAGCGCUCUCUUCAGUAAUGCCAGUCUUUAUGAUAGACAGGCUCAUUGCCCAACCGGCAAUUGUACGUUUCCAUCGGUUGAGAGCUUGCAAUGGUGUGCCAAGACAGAAACCAUCGAUGUAAACAGAGUAACCUCGAAUUGCACGGGCGAGGAUAGGGUUGAUAUUUUUUCCGAGAUCAAGGAAUAUCAACUAUCCACUGGAAAUGCCAGGACUAAACAUCGGCGUUGCGAUUUUUUCUUGGAUGGGGACGAACGGCCACUCACCGGUCUCACCCAAUCCUUUACAGUUGGGACUGAGGCUGAACGGUAUGGCACCGGCUUUCCCCAUGAUCCGGGAAGUAACAAGCCUAUUUCUUUCAUGACAUCUCCCACAGAAUUUCUGCGAGCAGACUACGGAUGGGGGGUGACUGGGGACAGUACAUGUGACACGUGGCUGAACAUAUCCUGUCCGCCAGCAGUGCUUACUUACGUGCGUCUUAAUGGAAGCGAUCUAGACGUCACCAGACCAGAGUGGGCAGAACAGUCCGUGUUAACCCUCUGUAACGCCAAGUUAGAAGUGGUCGUCAACUCGGGACACACGACUACUAAACCGACCUCUUUGCAACAUGGUCGAUUCCUGCUCAAUGGCCCGUGGGGGGAGUUGACUCACACACCCGCGAAACUCUGUUUUAUUCCAGGCGAAAACAGCAAGGAAGGUUCACUGGAUGCCGUUAGACAUACCCAUGAACAAAAACCACAGCAUUCAAACUCAAGCUUGUCGUUCUGCUGGAAUAAACCGAAUGACUAUAUCGAAAUGAGUUCGCCCGGCCCUUUUUGGUGGGAUCUCUUGUUCUUUGGUCUAGGCGUCUUUGCCGAAAACAGGGUUGUAGCCACCAAAUAUGAAGUAUCGGAGAACGGAACAUCAGACUUUUACUAUACUUACAUGGACAGUUAUCAAGAUUUCAUAUGGGCGAUGUGGGCGAAAAACCUGACUGGUGUCAUGGAAAGCCUAGUGGCAGCCAUGAAUAGCGCGUCGAAUAUGUAUAGCAACAAACGUGUGACUGGGAGCUAUCUUCAAUACGAGACGAUAUUCCAGAUAAGAUGGGAAUGGAUCGUUCUACCUAUCCUGCUUAAUAUCCUCGCGAUUGUGCUCCAGAUCGUCGUCGUCCGGCAGAGCAGACUGUUGGGGCAAAAACAGCUCUGGAGGGGAUCGGUACUGGCUGCUCUCUACCAUGGUGUGGAUGAUAGAACGGUUCAGUCUCAAAUGGAUACUAUCGCCGACAUGCGAAAGGAUGCUGACAACAGGGUUGUGAGAUUGCAGCUUUCAAAGAAUGGGAGAGCUAUGCUGAUGCCUCAGUCUACUCAAUCGCCAGCGUGAAGCGAUGAAGCGGUCCUUGUAGGACAUAUUAUUGAACCCCGGCUGAUUGAGUAACCACUUUCACUGUUGCUUUGCAUCAUUUAGUUGAGUUAAUGGAACUGAUAUAAUUUAGUGGUAUUAUACUCCGUCUCAUAAGAGUGAAUUUGAAGAUGCUGUGGUUUGAU